GAGAUCGUGUGUCAAAAUACGAUUUGAUAGUAAUAUAUACGGGAAAUAGGCCCCAUCUCUUCUCUUGUGUAGAAUCAAAUAUACAUUUGUUUGGAUUUCCAUAAAAAUAAAAUAAAAAAUAAAAAAGGAGUUGUGCUGUAAAUUGCAGCCCUUCCCUUUCCUUUCCUUUCGUUUCCUCAUCUCUCAUCUUAGCUGAAAAAAGACAUCGAUUGAUGAAUGGCAGCGGCGGAGCCCUUACUCAUACCCGCUCCAUCUCCACAACUCCGUGAUUUCGUCAUCAAUCUCGCUUCUCCCCUUUCCCAAUCCCAAUCCUUGGACUCUACUAACCCUAGCUUUUACCAACAACACGAUUACUGUAGCGGCGACGAUGACGGAGCGGACCCUGCACCGCCGCCGUCCUCCUGUGGCCGCAAGAAGAUGCAACGCAGUAAAACCGCCCCCGCGAUGGCCGUGAUGAAGGAUUACCGCUCUCACCCCGCCGACGACUCCAAUUUCCAAUCCGAUUCCCCUUCCCUAGUCCGCCAAGCCGCAAUUUUGCUUCUCCUCUACCUCUUCCUGGGCAUCGUCAUCUACUCCUUCAACCGCGACCAUUUCUCCGGCGUGGAGACGCACCCCGUCGUCGACGCGCUCUACUUCUCCAUCGUCACUAUGUGCACAAUCGGCUACGGCGACAUCGCCCCCACCACCUCCAUCGCGAAGGUGUUUGCCUGCGUAUUCGUGCUGGUUGGAUUCGGAUUCAUCGACAUUCUUCUCAGCGGAGUCGUGAAUUACGUGUUGGACUUGCAGGAGAACAUCAUCCUGGCCGGAAUCAAGUCGCCGGCGCAGGGGUUCUCGGCGAGGAAUUACAUAGUGGAUGUGGCCAAGGGGCGGAUGCGGAUUCGAUUGAAGGUCGGUUUGGCCCUGGGCGUGGUGGUGCUGUGCAUCGGAAUCGGGAUUCUAUUCCUGCAUCUGGUGGAGCGGCUGGAUUGGGUGGAUUCCGUUUACCUAUCGGUGAUGUCGGUGACGACGGUGGGGUACGGGGACAAGGCGUUCAAGACGAUAACGGGGAGACUAUUCGCGUCGGUGUGGCUGCUGCUCUCGACGCUGGCGGUGGCGCGUGCGUUUCUGUAUCUGGCGGAGGCGAGGGUGGACAAGAGGCACCGGAAGAUUGCGAAUUGGGCUCUGCAUCGAGAAAUCACGGUGGAGGACUUGUUCGCUGCUGACAUCAACAAUAAUGGUUUCAUUAGUAAAUCGGAAUAUGUGAUCUACAAACUCAAAGAGAUGGGGAAGAUUAAGGAGAAGGAUAUAAUGCAGAUAUGCGAUCAGUUCAACAAGCUCGACCGCAAUAACUCCGGCAAGAUUACGCUUCCUCAUCUGCUCCAGAAUCCUUUAUAGCAUUUUCCAAUUAAUUAAACAAACUGCACUUGUUUCACACAUCUAGCUAGGAAUAGGAUCAUCACAUCAAUUCAGUCUCUAUACAAUUCGUUUAUACACAACACAUGCAAGUCUUGAGUUUCUCUUUUCUCACUUGCUAAUAUUGUUUGCCGCUGAUAAUUCAUAACAGCAUCAGCAUACGUGGUGUUUGGUUAAGUUUGAAGUUCAAGAAAGAAACGGACAUUUGUAAAAUGAUUGUUGUUUAUAAGAUUAUGAAAUAAUAAGAUGUGGUUAAGUUAUAA